CUCCUCAGGAUCAUGCAGCAUUUACACAACCGUAAAGAGAAUCAACUAAGCAGCGGAAUGGCAUGUGAGCUGAGUAAUUAUGGAAAAGGAGCUUGGGUGAAUCAGGCCUAUAGUGGCUCUCCUCCACCUGUCAAUCGUAACAUCAGCACCGUCUACAACCCUCAACCCAUGUUUCACAGCUCUUUGGAGAACAUGAACCACAUGAAUAUGCCUAACCCUUAUUCGGCCGUUGAUAAGGUCCAAACCUACCCCGCUAAGGAGAAGUCUGGAUGCUGCUCAGCCUUCUUCAAAGGAUUAUGGGGAACAGCAGCUCUGACAAAAGACUCGAAGAACAAUCCUGAGGUCAUGGUCAAAGCAAAUCUCAAAGAAUUGUUGGUGUACAUAUUUUUCCUUUUGGAUUUAUGUCUGCUGACUUAUGGGAUGACCAGCAGCUCUGCUUUCUAUUACACAAAAGCUAUGACCGACCUGUUUGUGCAGAACCCGGGCAACAGCAUCAGCUUUUCCUCUAUCGGCAGCAUGAAUGAUGUGUGGACGUACAUGGAAUUCAACUUACUUGACAGCCUGUACUGGAAUACAUAUUACAACAACGUGCCCUUUGUGAAUGAAAAUCAGUCCUUGAUAUACUAUGAGAACAUGCUGUUAGGAGUCCCGCGCAUUCGCCAGAUCAAAGUGAAAAAAAACUCAUGUAAGGUGCACGAAGACUUUAGGAGGGAAAUCACAGAGUGUUUUGAUGUGUACAAAGAAGAAAAAGAGGAUGAUAGCUUGUUUGGAUCGGUCAACCAUACGGCUUGGCAGUACCACACUGAAAAGGAGCUCAAAGGGUCAAGUCACUGGGGAUUGCUGAGCACAUACAGCGGAUCAGGAUUUUAUCAAGACCUGGCAAAAACCAAAAUUGAGAGCAUUGAUAUCAUAGCAGAACUAAAAGAAAAUCUGUGGCUUGAUCGAGGAACUCGAGCUCUGUUCAUUGACUUCUCUACAUACAAUGCCAAUGUCAACCUCUUCAGCGUCAUAAGAUUGGUGGUUGAGUUUCCAGCUACUGGUGGAGCGAUAACAUCCUAUCAGAUUCGUACAGUACGGCUGAUCCGCUACGUUAACACCUGGGAUUAUUUUGUCAUGGGUUGUGAGAUAGUCUUCUGCGUCUUCAUACUCUACUACAUCAUGGAGGAAAUUCUGGAAAUACGAGUUAACAAAGCAUCCCAUUUCAAAAAUAUCUGGAACAUUGUAGAUUGGGUGGUGAUACUGCUUUCACUAGUUGCCAUAAUUUUCAGUAUAUUCCGGACCAUAAAAGUGGAUAAAUUACUUUCAAAGAUCCUGGAACAGCCAAACAUCUACGCUGAUUUUGAAUUUCUUGCAUUUUGGCAAACCCAAUACAACAACAUGAAUGCAGUCAAUUUGUUCUUUGCCUGGGUUAAGAUAUUCAAAUACAUCAGCUUCAAUAAGACAAUGUCCCAGCUGACAUCCACCCUGUCACGUUGUGCUUUAGACAUCUUUGGGUUUGCCAUCAUGUUCUUCAUUGUGUUCUUUGCCUACGCUCAGCUGGGAUACCUGCUCUUUGGAAUGGAAGUAGAAACCUUCAGUACAUUUAACAAGUGCAUUUUCACUCAGUUUCGAAUCAUCCUGGGAGAUUUUGAUUAUGAUGCCAUUGACAGGGCAAACAGAGUACUCGGACCAAUAUACUUUUUCUCCUAUGUGUUCUUUGUGUUCUUUGUUUUAAUGAACAUGUUCCUGGCCAUUAUUAAUGACACAUACUCGGAGGUGAAGUCAGAGCUCAGUUCCCAAAAAGAUGAAUUCCAGAUCUCUGAUCUCAUCAAGCAGAGCUACGAAAAGACAAUCAUGAAACUGAAACUUAAAAAGGAAAAGAUCUCUGAUGUUCAGAAAGCACUGGAUUCUGGCUCCAGUGAGCUGACGUUUCAAGAUUUCAGGGAUGCUUUGAAAGGAAUGGGCCAUAGUGAUCAAGAGAUCACAGAUGCUUUCUCCAAGUUCGACCAGGAUGGGAACCAGACUUUGGACAAGCUGGAACAGGAGAAAAUGAAACAAGAGCUGGAUGAAAAAAGGGACUCACUUAAUGCGGAGCUUCGAAAUCUUGGAAACGGUAUGUCAGCAGAUGACCAUGGAGAGACUAAAGAUUUUCAAAGGCUUGCCCAAAAGGUUACUCAUCUUGAAAAUGCUGUGGCUCUUAUAAUGUCUAAAGUCAAUGGAAUCACGGAGAAAAUGGAAAGCAGGGACAAGAUGGAUAGGCACAUGAACAGAGACGAUGAAUCAAGACCAGCUUCAGGAGGGAAUAUUCAGGUAAGCCUGACAAGAACACAAGAACAAGCACCACCAACCUGGUCGCCAGCUGUUCCAAUGGGCAUGCCGAGAAACCACUUAUAUCCAGACGGAGGAUGGCAAGCCACCAGCGAGAACAGCAGCUCCUCACGUCACUGAUUCACCAAGACAUGAGUUUUAAAACAGGUUAACACGGAAGGCUUAAUCUAAGCCUGAUCUGGGAUAGACACAGAAUGUGGGAGUUGAGAAAAGGUAUUAUUUUAGAAUAGAUGUAGUACCUCAUGUUACCAGUGGACACAGAAAUGUACUAAUCUCUAUUCUGUAUCUAAUUGCAGUUAAAGUUGCACUUGUUCUUUAAAACUUCACAGGGGGUCAAAGGGUGAUGAUGGUCUGAUUAUGUUCCACAUUUUGUCUUUGCACAGUGUAUAUUGAUGUAUCGAGGCGUGUUAACAUUCCCUUGAGAUACUAUUGACGGCUAUUUUUCUCACCCUCCUCUCUGUUUAGAAGAAGCUUUUAUAAUGUCUGCUAUUUAUUGGGAAAAUUGACUCCUAGCAUAAAUAAGCUUAAAUCAAUCUGAGGUCAUUUAUCUCUGUUGAUAUUUAAUCAUAUGACAAACUUCCAGAGUUGGUACUAAUAUCCCCACCAUUAUUUAUUCACAAGAUAAAAUUUAGUAAGGAUAGUUUUGACGAAUUGCUAUGAAAAUAACAGUAAAAUAAGAUUAAAAUGUAUAUUUUUAGGUACGUCUUAAAUGAUUAAAUGUGAAUGUUGUAUUUUAUUGUGUAAAACAUACCCAUGUAUAUCCACACUGCAAUAGGUUAUACAAUUAUUAAUCUUAGGACACCAUGUGUAUUUCAGAAGAAUAUUUCUUUUCCUGUUUAAGAAUAUAGUCCAAUAAAUCUU